AUGCGCUCAAGGCGGGGCAGUUCUGCACCCUUGCAUGAACUGCCACAGCUCCCGAGCCUGUCGUUUACAUUUCAACGCUCUAUUAAUAUUUUCCUCCACAUCACAGCAGUUCAGAACAUAUCGCUGCUUGUUAAACUGCGAGGCGAGACCAACAGGACCCUGAAGCGGCUCUCAACAGACUCACUUUGCCUUCGCGACACCUUCUUCAUCCAUCGAUCUAUACGGCUUCGCAGCUCGUGCAGCCCCAUUGCCAUUGGGUUCUGUACCAAAUACACCUCUACGAUGGCUCCAGCACCCAUCAUCGAUUCAUCCUGGCAUCGCCUUCCCACAGACACGUUCGGCGCCGGACCGUCCACCUCGACACCCAUCGAUCCAUCGUCCACCGUCUCCCACGACUCGGGCGCCGAAUCCGACAGCUCGUCAUGGUCCUUUUCCGACACCGAAGAGCUGAUCACACUCGAUUUGGGAGCUGAGCGUAUCGCAAAACGAGCCUUGCUCGGCUACUCUGGCGGGCUGGACUACAUCGAUCCUACUCCCUCCGCCGCUGCUGCAUCGUCGAGCACUAGAUCCGUUCGAUCUACCCGUGGUACCACCAACACUUCUGCCGAAACCUCCACCAACACCGCUCAAGCUUCCACUAAUAGUACACAUCUAGGAGCGGGCAAACAUCUCAGCAUGACAGGACUCGAUACGUCAACACCGUUGAUGAAGAUCAACGAUACAGUUUUGCGCGGUAGUCUGAUGCAAAUGUUUGGCACCGAGAUCGUUCUGAAGGAUGACUUCGAUCCGACUCGAGAUAGAGGGAAGCAGCACAGACUGCAACCGAUACCGCCAGCGGAUGGACGGGCGAAUGUCAGCUCGAGCACGACGAGAAAGAGGAUCCUCUUCAGGCCCUUGUACGAUCCGAAAUCGCGAGAAACGGUGGGCAACGAAGACGCGUACAAGAGGUUGCAAGCGCUAGCCACUGGUGGUGCUCACGUCAACGUGACCGAAGCGUCUAGUAAGAGCACACUAGAGGCUUUGACCUCGAACCCCACGGUAGGCGAAGCCGAGUCUGGGUUGGGAAGAGGUAAAUACAAGCGGAAAGAGAUCUCGGAGGAAGAACAGAUGAUCAGAGCGGCAGAGAGGAAGGUCAGGAAGGCGGCAAAGGAGCAUCUCGAGCAGCAGGAACAACUUCAGCAACAGAAGGCGUCGGCAAUCGCUGCUGCGACAUCCGAAGCACCAGCUCAGGACGAGCCUCUUCAACAACCCGAGCGCGAUGGCAGUCAGCUGGACGAGAGACCACCAUCGUGCAUCGAGCCAAACAAGACUUGA